GUCAAGGCUGGUCAGGUGCCCGUCACAUUGGGAAACACCUUUAAUACAUCAAGAUGAUCCGUCUCUGGAGCCUAAUUAUUAUUUUAACUGCUUUUCAGACUUACAACUGUGAUAACGCCGGGUAUGAUCAGACGAUAUCCGAUUUAGGUGACUAUACCUUCCUGGUAAACAAUAAAACGUGGUUACAAAGCGCCCCUGUUUUUCUUCGCCUCAAUAACGAGACAGUCACCCUUGACAACUCCUCGUUGGUUGUGGAUUCCGUUAACAGGAAUUGUACCAACAAGCAUGAUGAUUUCGGGCAGUAUGAUUGUACCAGCUUCAGACUCCGGGCGUCAGGAGACUAUCUCUUUGAUAUCUACUUCAAAGAGUAUGCUUAUCCAUCAAAGUUCUACAUAUACGAACUGGUGUACGUGAACGCUACACCCGGGACACAGGCCCCCGACUGUCACCCCCCGCCGUGGCCUCCCGUUCCUGGGUUCGAGACCUGUUAUAACUCUACCGUCGGGGCCUUUCCAUCGUUUCAAGUUGUGCAACCGAAUGGAUCACCACCAUUGGGUUACAUGACGUUUGCUGAUAAAAUGAUGGGUGACGUUGGGAAAAACUUUGGAGCAUGGGGUGCAAGUACACCAAAGAUUGCCGAUGGCAUGUUAAGCGGUCCGGUUGCAAUCUUCGACCAGACCGGAACAACCCUUCUUCUGUCAUCAGCCGACAACUUUAUGACGUCAUCAGUUUGGCACCAAGACUCACCAGGAGGGCGUGUCAACUGGGGUGUUAUGGGAGGGGUGAAUUUAAUACCGGCCGGAUACUCUGUCAGAACCAUCCUGGUACCGGCAGAGGGUGUGAACACGGCCUUUGAAACAUGGGGUCUUAUUUUACGCAGUUGCCAUCAACAUGAUGGAACAAGACAGAGAAUCUAUGCAGCCGACACCACUAUCAGUCAUCUGGGAUAUUGGACAGACAACGGGGCGUUCUACUACUACAACACAGAGGACGCGGACGUCGGACGGAAUAUUACGUACGAACAGACACUAACUGACGUCAAAACAUAUUCCAGCAUGCACAAAAUUCCUUACAAAUAUCUCCAGAUCGACUCAUGGUGGUACUACAAAGGAUUACUGGACGGUAUCAAGCAGUGGUCUUAUAGACCAGAAAUAUUCCCUAGGGGUGUCAAAUUCCUGUCCCAGACCACAGGAUGGUCAAUAGCAGCCCACAACAGAUACUGGUCCUCGGACAACGUAUACGACAAGGCUAACGGUGGAAAUUACACUUUCAUCAAAGAAACUUUACUGGCCAUUCCUGACGACCAGACGUUUUGGAACGACUUACUAUCAACAGCCAGGCAAUGGGGUUUGAUAAUGUAUGAACAGGACUGGCUGAACAUUCAGACAAUCGGUACUGUCGCCCUUCAGACUGACCUCACCCUUGGUGAACGAUGGCUACAGCAGAUGAACAACGCCGCUCAGAAACUCAACAUAACCAUCCAGUAUUGUAUGGCGCUUCCUAGGCACGCUUUACAGAGUCUGAAAAACCCUGCCGUCACACAGGCACGAGUGAGUGACGAUUACCACUUGGUCGAUGACCAGUGGAAGAUAGGGAUAUCCUCCAUCUUUGCCGACGCGAUGGGUCUGGCACCGUACAAAGACACAUUCUGGACAUCUGAGACCCAGUCAGGCAAUUCCCGCUAUCCAGAUAUAACUGAACCUUACCCAGCCCUUCAGUCGCUGGUAUCAACACUCAGUAAGGGGCCGGUCGGGCCGGGCGAUAAACUCAACGCCACUAAUAGAGAAGUUCUGCUCAGGUGCUGUAACGACGAAGGUCUUAUUUUGAAGCCAUCUCGACCCGCAAAAGCUAUUGAUCGGCAAUUAAUUAAGAGAGCUUUCCCGGGCGUCGACGGGCCUGUCGGAGAGGUAUGGACUACCUAUUCUAAGAUUAAACAACAGAACCAAUCACCUUAUACUUACUUCGGUAUCCUGUUUGCAGCAAACAUGACGUCUGAUUAUCUCAUCUAUCCAAAUCAGACUGGAUUCCCAUCAGAGCUUUCUUCAGGGGUAGUGUUCUCGUACACUGAUGUUUAUAACUAUUCCAAGUUUGAUAACAACAACCCACUCCAUCUGAAAGGCUGCACAGACGAGAACUUCUGUCUCUACUACUUUUCCACUGUCUUCUUCAUGAAUGGAACUACUAUUGGUGUUUUAGGCGAGAUAAACAAGUGGGUACCCAUGUCUCCCCAGCGUGUAAACCUGGUGGUGCGAGGGGAGACAACUGUUGAUGUAGUCGUGACCGGGGUACCAUACGAGGAACUGGAGAUGUCCUUCCUCAUUAAAAACCAGGUCAAGAACUAUGUAUGUCAGCUCGGACCGUCCGGCCAGGCAACAUUUAGCACGUCAUUGGGAGGAUGUACGAACUAUGUGUCAUCUACACAUCACCCAUUAACCUCGCGUAACCCAAAUGGUAACAAGGGCACGUCAAUCAAAUCCUCGUUAAAUAUACUUUUUACUAGUAUUGUAUUGAUUGCAAGUGCAUUGUUUUUACACUAGAUAAAGUUAUAGUUUGACUCUGCUGAUUUUUGUGCUGUAAAGCUAUAUAAUAAUGUAUCUUGUUUAAAUAAAUGAAAAAUGUCUAAAGAAAUGAGGCCAAUCAUUAAUUAAGUAUUUGAUGUUUUCAUUUCGAGAUAAUGUCAGCUGUACCAGUAAAUGUAUUGUCAAUGCGUGGAUACAAGACCAGGAAUCUUUAGGAUAAUUAUUGUUUCGUUUGCUUCGGCCCCGUGUCUACAAACAAUGCACAUGCGACUUUCUAUACAUUACAGUAUAGUAAAUGUCAUCUACGUUAUAAGUACUGUUAAAUAUUCAAGUUGUUCAACUUACAUAAUGUAAAUGUUGUCUUUACUACGGGCUAAACUGUUUAUGAUGGUCCAUGUAUUUUUAUUUUCAUGCCGCUGGUGCCAUUAAAUAAAGUUAAGAACGUGAUUAUUUGAUAUGCAGAACAUAUUGCAAAUUCAAUUUAUGCAAUUUGCUUAGGCAAUAACGAUUGUAAUGUUUCUUGGAGUUUCUGUACCAUUUUGUACCAUUUUCUGUUUUAUUACAAUAAAUCUAUUGUAC